GGACUAGGUUCCAAUACAACUUUUCAGAACCAUUCAUCAGAAUCAGUUCGCUGUAUUUUUUUCGGAAUUUGUUGUUUGCUCCGGCGGGUUAUUUAAGAAAUUAUAAAAGAAAAUGUCGGACACAGUUAGUAUUAUAAGGCAUAGCAAUAACGGAGGAAAAACAUUACUGGAUAAUUGGGUAGAAGAGAGGCAAUCUGCACCGUUUGAGGACCCAUCCGUCAGUAUUCCACAACUCCACAAAUUUGGUCAUCGGGGUGUCUUGACAACAGAUUUUGAGGCUGAGCCAGAAAAGCUGACCACAGUUCGACACUCUUACAGAUCCCCAGAGCCCCUUGGCAUUCGGACAAUCGGAGUCCGAGAACAGAUGAUGAGAGAAGAGCUCAUGAAACAAGUGAGCGAGGAAGUUCAGCAAGAAUUCAACCCACCCCCUCCUGAAGUGGAAUAUAAAUCUGUAACUCACAAGGACUUCAAUAAAGAAUUUACUCCGAUUGUGAAGGAACCCACCAUGCCACACGACUUGUGCAAAGAACAACCUGCGACAUUUUGGUCGGAGCGGUCAACUGAAGUUCAUGGUAUUUCACAAGUGAAAACAAAAGACACCCCAUUUCGCAAGAAUGCAGCAUUCAGCACACCUAUAGACGAGUACAGGGACGCCCCAAAGCCAGGAGAGGAAUGGAAAUUCUGAGUCAAAAAAGGAGUUACUUUAAAUUUAUUUUAAAUUACCAUGUACAAAGGAUAACAUAGCAUUUUGUUCGAAGGAUCUACAUUUAUAUUAAACAAAUUUCAUGUGACUGCUGUUUCCUGUCUAAUGUAUGUAGCUUUGUAUGUUUUUCUUUUUGACAUUGCUAUCAUCUUUUGUGAUCUUUCAUUUAUAAAAAUACAUAGUAAAUGGCCACUUGUUUUCACUCCCCACAUACUAUAAAGCUGUAAAAAGCAACCCUCAGUGAGGAGUUUAAAGUAAGAGUGGCAGGGUUGUCCCUAUGUGAGCUCUGCCAGUUGAGUGGGAGAAUAAGAAGUUUUCUUAAUUAUUUGCAUGUCUACUAGCCAUCUUGUGAAUUACAGUAAAUCAGUCUAAAUGGCAGCUGAAUAGCUGAUGACCAUUGUACAGCUGUUUGUAAUUAGACAGAUAUAAAUGUGCAAAUGAGGUCCUUACAGCUUACAAGAAGUUGCAUUGAACAAAUAAAAUACAGAUAAUAUAGA